AUGAACAGGACCCUGAGCCAGGCAAAGCCCCUGGCAAUCACCGUGAGUGAAGCCCCUCGGAAGGCUGGGCGGCUGGCAGAGCUCCCAGAGGCCUGCUGUGGCGCGCAGGGGCCAGGAUCCCCGCAGGUGGAUGUCGGGAGCCUUGGGCGCUGCAACCAGGACCUGGCCAGGGAGGAGGCGGAUCAGGAGCUGCUCUGGGUGGAGCUGGGCUCCGAGGCCGCCCUGGGAGCAGUUACGCCGGUGCAGGCUGCCCCCCAGAACCGGAGCUGCCUGCUCCAGGCCGUGUGGACCGGCCCGGUGGGCCUUGUGGUGCAGCUCCUGCGGCAAGGAGCCAGCUUGGAGGAGAGGGACCCCGCUGGCCGGACCCCGCUCCACCUGGCAGUACUGCGCGGCCACACGCCCCUGGCACAGCUGCUGCUGCGGCGCGGGGCCCCCGCGGGGGCCGCCGACAGCGCGGGGCGCACGCCGCUGCACGAGGUCGCUUGGCACGGGCACUCGUGCCUGGCGGAGCUGCUGCUGCGGCGCGGGGCUCCAGCGGCGGCGCGCUGCGGGGCGGGCCUCACGCCGCUGCACUGCGCCGCCGCCCUGGGGCGCACGCCGCUCGCCGCGCGCCUGCUGGCCGCGCCCGGCCCCGACCCCGCGCUGCCGGACGCGCGGGGCUGGACGGCGGCCCACUGGGCGGCUGCGGGCGGGCAGUUGGCGGUGCUCGAGCUGCUGGCGGCCGGCGGCGCGGAGCUGGACGGCGCCCUUCUGGUGGCGACUGCCGCGGGGCAAGGGGCCGCGCUGCGUCUCCUGCUGGCGCGUGGGGCACGCGUGGAUGCUGCCGACGGCGCCGGGACCACGGCCCUUGGCCUGGCAGCCAGCCUGGGCCACCCGCAGGACAUGGAGGUGUUGCUGAGCCACGGGGCUGACCCAAGCAUCCGGGACAGGCACGGUCGCUCCGUCCUCCACAGGGCAGCUGCCCGGGGAUACCUAGUCGCUGUCCAGCUCUUGGUAGCCUGGGGAGCCGCUGUGGAUGCCCGGGACUCACUGGGCCUCACUCCCCUGCACCAUGCAGCCCGGGGAGGCCACGUGGAGGUGGCCAGGCACCUUCUGGACAAGGGCGCAGAGGUCGAUGCUACUGGCUGGCUCCAUCACACACCCCUGCACCUGGCCACAGAGCAGGACCACUGUGCCACCGUGGAGCUACUGCUGAGCCUCGGGGCCAGCCGCACCCUGAGGACACAGUGGGGGCAGGAGGCCCUGACUCUGCUGUAGACCUGCGGGAAAGCAGGUGCCAGGCCCUGCAGCGUCCGCCUUCUCUGGGCCGGGGGCCUCAGCUGAGCCACGCCUCUUGGCCGGCCCGCCCGGGGGUCACUCUCUCACACCAGGGUGUCCCCUGUCGGGUGGACCCCCCACUAUGAGCCGACCCCUGGCCCCAACAUGCGAGGCCGACAGGCCCAGGCCCCAGGCUCUGCGCCCUGAGACAUAGAAAUGGAGCAGUGGAGCUAUCU